AUGUUCGACAUCUGGAGCAUCUUUAAGGACAGUAGCAAGGGGGGUGAAGAGGGCAAGGGCGAAAGAGGGGGCGUUCCAGCCUCUGCCCAAGCACCAGUCACCACUUUUUUUGAUGGGUUAUUCAAACCACCUAGCCAGUCAGAUCCGUCCUCGUGGAAUGAUUACACUACGGGGUACAGUCUGCCAGCCGAAGCCGCACAGCUGCUGCAGGCGAAUGCAGACAGUGCGUCUGAAGCGCCUCUGGCUAUCGAGAAUGAGCGGCAGACGAGCAGCGGUGAGAAGAAGCCCCCUGAGGAGGACGUGGAGGCAGACGCAUGGGCAGAGACGGAGAGCAGAAGAGGAGGAACAGCCAGAGAGACAGCUCCCGAUGACUCAAACAGCGGCUUCAACGGCAGCAGCAGCAGCACCAGCAGAACGCCUCGAAAGGUCGCCGACAUGCGGUACUAUGAUGCUCUAGACCUGAGCGCAGAUGCCAGCGCCUCAGAAAUUAGGAAGGCGUAUUACAAGUUAGCCCUCAAGUGUCACCCCGAUAAGAAUCCAGGAGAUCCAGAAGCUCACCAAAAGUUUCAGGCUAUAGGGGAGGCGUACCAAGUGUUGAACGAUCCGAAGCGAAGGGCUGAGUAUGACAAGUACGGAGUUUCAGCGACCAGAAAUAUGAGCUUCAUCGAUCCUGCUCUCUUCUUCAUGAUGCUCUUCGGAUCUGAGCAGCUGGAUCCUUACAUUGGCAAGCUCAAGAUGGCAAAGCUGCUGGAGGUGCUCACGCAAGACGACGUCCUUUCCGCCAUGUCGGGGUCUCCCGCAGGUCCCUCGAAGGAGUCUCGCGAGGGUGUUUUGCAUGCAAUCGAAGAAGAUCAGAGGAAGCGAGAAGUCGUCCUGGCCAUCCAACUGCGCGAUAGGAUCCAGCCGUUUGUUGAAGGGCCGCAAGAGGCAUGGAGAGAAGCCAUGAAAGAAGAAGUGCAGCAGCUCUGCAUGGCUUCCUUUGGGGAGACGAUCGUGGAGUCCUUAGGCUGGGCUUACGAGAAUUUUUCCUCGGCGUAUUUGGGAGAAGUCCAAACAUACUGGGGAUUAGGCGCAACCGUUGCCAACAUACAAGCGACGGGUCGUGGCAUUGGCAAUACGUUUGCGAUGGCGAAAUCGAUGGUGCAAGCUGCAGUUGCGGCCACAGACAUUCAAGCGCGCCAUGAGCAGAAACUGAAGGAGGCAAAAGAGGCUUCGGAGAGUUUGCCAAACCGGCUAGAUACUAAAGACAUUGACAGAGUUGGAGAGAUCCUCCAAAGCGUUCUUUCCAUAGUUGCAUGUGAUGUCGAAGAUACUGCACGGAAGGCCGCAGAAAAGGUGUGCCGCGAUGAGUCAGUGUCUCUUGAGACCCGCGUAAAACGAGCGGAGGCUCUUCAGUGGCUAGGGAGCCAAAUGACAGCAGCCGCUGCCAAAGCAAGAGAAGCGAAAAAGAACGAAAGGGCAACGAAAGCAGCGGAUGAGAAGAACCGCUAA